AUGCAUCAGGUCAAUCAGACUGUGGUCACUGAGUUUAUCCUGCAAGGGUUUCCAGGCUCAGCUGAGCUGCAGAAGUAUCUCUUCGUACCAAUUCUUUUUAUUUACCUUCUCACAAUCAUUGGAAAUAUCCUGAUUAUUGUCAUUGUUGUCCACGAUCCUCACCUUCAUAAUCCCAUGUACUUCUUCUUGGGGAAUUUUUCUUCCUUGGAGAUCUUCUAUGUCACCACUCUGUCACCCAAGAUGCUGGCUCACUUUCUAGCAGAGAAAAAGUCCAUCUGUUUCUACUGUUGCAUCUCUCAAGCCUUUUUCCACUUCUUCCUUGGAGCCACAGAAUUCUGCCUGCUUGCUUCAAUGUCCUUUGAUCGCUACAUUGCCAUCUGCAAUCCACUGCAUUACAGAGUCAUCAUGAAUUGCAGGCUUUGUCUCCAGCUAGCCUUGGGUUCAUGGCUGGGAGGGUUCUUCACCGUCAUUAUCCAGACAGUUUUACUGUGCCAGCUCCCAUUUUGUGGUCCCAACCUGAUCAACCACUUCUACUGUGAUGUGACCCCCUUACUGAGCUUAGUUUGUGCUGAUACAUAUCUGCUUGAACAGAUGGUGUUACUGGGAUCAGCCCUUCUUUUGUUCAGUUCCUUCUUAUUGACUGCCGUCUCGUACACCUUCAUCAUCUCCACCAUAAUGCGCAUCUCUUCAUCUUCAGGGAGGCAUAAGGCUUUCUCUGCUUGUGCUGCCCAUCUUACUGUUGUAUCCAUUCAGUAUGGAACCGUAAUGUUCAUGUAUGUGAAGCCCAAAGCCAAGUCAUCCUUGGAAAUAAACAAGGUGGUUUCUGUGCUUAAUACCAUUCUAACUCCUCUCCUCAACCCUUUCAUCUAUACUUUGAGGAACAAAGAUGUCAAGGAAGCUUUGAAGAAAGUAACACAUAUUAAAGAAAAAAUGUUUCACUGA